CUUGAUUUCUCAAUCCGAUCUUUUCAUGUUCUUGAGUUUAUCUUUUUAACAAUCUCAAGCUAAAAAAUGCCUUUAGAGGCUGUCGUAUAGGCGCAAGAUUCAUUUGGAUACCUCUCUAGUUGCAAAGAUUUCAUGUUCCACGACCUGUCCUAUCAAGAAGAGGUAGUAGCAGUUCAAGAUACGAAGAACAAUAUUGAUACGUUAGGCCGAGAACAAAGCUUUGUGGGAAAAGAUGAGGAAGAAUGUCAAUGGCGAGACUAUCAUCAUAAGUACCCUUUAAUACCUUUGUUGACCGAAAAGCUUGAUCAUCCCGCCAUUGAUAUGGAAAAUCCUCCUUCUAUGCAACCGAGGAGGAAGAGGAGGAGAACGAGGAGCAACAAGAACAAGGAAGAGAUCGAGAACCAGAGAAUGACUCACAUAGCUGUCGAGAGAAAUCGCCGGAAACAGAUGAAUGAGUACUUAGCCGUGCUCCGUUCUCUAAUGCCAUCGUCAUAUGCUCCAAGGGGAGAUCAAGCGUCGAUAGUAGGAGGAGCCAUUAACUACGUAAAGGAGUUAGAGCACAUCUUACAAUCUAUGGAGCCUAGGAGAACCACGAAGACGACCCAUGAAGCUGACACAAGCACUAGCUCAUUGAUGAGUCCCUUGUCAGAAUUCUUCACUUACCCUCAAUACUCGACAAAACCAUCAUCAUCAGCAACGGAAUGCUCAUCUUCAUCGGCGGAGAUAGAAGUGACGGCGGCGGAAGGCCACGCGAACAUCAAGAUACUGACGAAGAAGAAGCCGAGGCAGCUUCUUAAGCUCGUAGAUUCGAUACAGAGCUUAAGGCUUACUCUUCUUCAUCUCAAUGUCACCACUCACAACAACUCGAUUCUCUACUCCAUCAGCGUCAAGGUAGAAGAAGGGAGCCAACUGAAUACCGUAGACGACAUUGCAACAGCUUUGAAUCAAAUCUUAAGGAUGAUUCAAGAAGAUAAGAUUAAUUAAUUUAGUAUCUAAUGUUCCCUUUUCUGAUAUUUAUUUCGAAUCAUUGAAAUACAGAUUCAUCUUAUAUAUGCAGUUUUAUUGCUCCUAUUCUAUUUUAUGUAAGUUUCAUUUAUUUCCUGUAAUGAAUCAGUUGUCGUUGCCCUCUAUUAUAUGCCAUAUACACACACAGACACACACACACAUAUAUAUAAAGAAAGUUUAAUUUAAUGAAAUGGUUAAGUCGAUAGGUUGGUAACAUAUAGGGGGCACUAAAGACCAUAUUUAUUAUACGCGUGGCUAAUGUUCUUUAGGUGACAUAUUGAUUAAAAUAAAUAACACUAAGAGCAUCAUUAACGGGGUAUGCAACUCCCGUCUCUUAGUAUUAAUUGGAUUAAAAGAAAAAGAAAAUUAGCAUAAUUAGGAGAAAACGUAUCUUAUUUGGGGACAGAAGAUACCGUCUUUUGAGACACGUGUUGUGUUUUGGUUGUUCUUCGGUGUCUCUCUCCCUUCUUCCAUUUCGUCGAAAUCAGCCAUCUCUCUCCUCGACAACUCCGAAGAAGACGAAGACAUCUGUCUUCGCUGACCAGAGAGGAAGAAUCGGGAAGGACUAUUCGGAGAUGUGGCUAUUUCACAAGAAGAGGAAUUGGAGGAUAUUGGUUUUAGGUAAUCGCAAAAUAAACAUCAGAGUUGAUCUUUCUGAAAGUUGCGUUGAUACAAGAUAAAGGUUUUGCAAAGAUGGCUUAAGUACAGAGAAGAAGGAAGGAAGCAAGCAAGCAAGUUUAGGUUGAAGAAAAAAGGUUCUCUAGUGUGCAAACGAGAAGAGAUAUGAGAAGAAGAUUGAUAUAUGGUUGAAGCUUGUUUGAAUCUUAAGUCUACAUCUGCUGCAAUCACAAAGAUAUUGUGAUGAUAUAUGUUAUUGUUUCUGGAAGCUCAUGGAUGCUUCUUUGAAAAUCAGAGUGGAAGAAGACCUUGUGGAACACAAAAUUUAUCUACAGACUUUAUUUGUAUUAAGUCAAGGUUUAAGUACAAACCCGGAUGUAACUUGAUUAAAUCUGUUUGGUAAAGGUUUAUAUCAGUUUGGUCUUCAAGCACAGUCAAGACAAGUAAGUUGUUCAAGUGGGAUUCUCUAGGGGACGCCUUAGAGAUGAAGAUUCUGGACUAUAUGAGAAAUGGACUAUGGAUCUCUUUCUUCAAAAAGGUGUUCAUCUUUUAUUGGACCUUUGAAAUAGUAGCGAGUACAACUUAUAACCCUUUUAAUCAACUUUAUAAAACAUCCUCCUGUAGUGGUG